CUCUCACUGUCACCUUGGUUACAACCAGGAAGUAACUGAAGUAUGAAAACAUCUGCUGAUUGAAGCGUUUCAGUCUUUUUACUCUUCAUCAGAGAGGAGUCACGGAUUGUUACAGACGACUAAAAGAAGAGGAAAGAUGAGCGAGAGCGGUGAUGACUUCAAACCUGUGAGCUGCACAAUCAAACCUCCCGUCUACCUGCACAUCGGAGAAACGAAAGCAGACCCUGCCCACUCUGGAGUCUGCGUGGUCGAUGUCACCCUCCCCUUUGGAAAGCCGGUGGAUGUGGAGGAGAUCACCUUUAAGAACUACUACACAGCCUACCUGACCGUACGUCUGCUGAGGAGGGGCCCCGGGCAGGAAGCCACCGCUAAGUGGUCCACAGCUCUGAGAGACCUGCCUCUAAUGGACAACCCUCACACCGAGCGGGGCUCACAGGACUACUACUCCAUCCACAGGACCCAGAUGCAGGUGGAGCCGGAUCAUGUGACGUCUGUGAGGCUGAUCCUGAGACAGCCGUCCUCCGCCUGGCUCACCUUCAGCCUGGAGGACGUUCAUAUAUAUCCACACACAGAGCCGGACCCGGAGAAGGAGGUCUCUGAUUGGCUGUCUGACCUGACCCUGGUGGAUAACCACCCUGACCUGGAGCAGGGCCUCCCAGACCCUCAGACGGUUUCCUCCAGCCUGCAGCAGAUGUGGGCUUUGACCGAGGUGAUGCAGAGCAACCAGACCACUGCAUCCAUCGGACGAUUCGACGUGGACGGAUGCUACGACAUCAACCUGCUCUCCCUGACGUAACCUGACACCUGUGUUCUCACCUGAAGCUCACACUGUUCAAGCUUUAAGUCAUAACAGAGACUCAUUAGAUAUAAGGGUCAUCUGCUGCCUUUCCAUGUCCAAUAACAGCUUCAUCAUUGUUUCUUUUAUUGGGAUUUAAUUUUACACUAAGACAAACUUUGCGAGUUGUCGGGUGUCUCAGUAACUGUUGCAGCAAAUGGGUUGUCCCUAAAAACAUUGCAUGAGCUGCAUGAAGCAGUUUUUAAUGAGCUGAAGUUAAACAUCUCUCAGCAGGACUUUGGAUAUGAACGACAAUAUAUGUGUCUAAUAUUAAUAUAAGUCCUCUUCAUGGCUGCAGUGGCUCAAACUGUAAAUGUACAUUAAUAAAAGGAGAGUUGUGCAUGUGGUUGAUGUGACAGUAUUCACUGUGUGACACAGGGUGGCAGCAGUGUGUAACAUAAAGAUGUGUGUUUGCUGUCUCCUUUUAUCUCUGUGAGGACUGACUGAGAGGACGGGUUGAGAAGGUUUGAUUCCACCGCAAUCUGUAUGAAGAAUGUACAAACAGGCUGGAUGAGUACUUGCAGACAAUGUCUUUGUCUAUUGUAUUAAACAUCUUGAAAAUCAUGUAAA